UUUGUUUUGUUGUUGUGGCUCUAUAUAAAUUGCUGGAUAAUUCCAUUUUUGUGCUCAUUUUGUACUGUUGUUCCCGCUCCCGGAUCAAAUUUAUAUUGUCCACGACGCAGUUGUGUGAUUUGGCAAUGUUUUAAACAGUGUGAUUCCAAACUCCAAUCAAGAAAUAUAACAAAACAAAGAAGCGAAUCCCAAAAUGCAGCGCCAGCAGAAGUUUUUCCUGCUGUCAACGCUGACGCUGCUCCUUGCUGGUGCAGCAGCGGGACUGGCACAGGCCACGGAGGCGAAGGAGGAGCAAGCAGACGAGGUGGCGGGCAACAUUGUUCACUAUCAGCCGGAGCAAGUGCAUCUGGCCUUUGGAGAGCGCACCGCUAGCGAGAUAGUCGUCACCUGGUCGACGCGCAGUCUACCGCCGGACCCGGAAGUGGGGGCAUCCAGUGUUGUGGAGUAUGGCCGUAUGGUUGCCGGACAGGCUCCUCGGUUCACCCAGCAUGCCCGUGGCACGGCCACCAAGUUCGUGGACGGCGGUCGCAAGCAGGCCACGCAGUACAUUCACCGGGUGACGCUUAGCGGCCUGGAGGCGAACGCCACGUACAUGUAUCACUGCGGCAGUGCCGUCGGUUGGUCGGCAAUCUUCCAGUUUCGUACCGUGCCCACCGGCUCGGCUGACUGGUCACCGUCGGUAGCCAUCUUCGGGGAUAUGGGUAACGAGAAUGCCCAGUCUCUGGCUCGAUUGCAACAGGAGACGCAACGUGGCAUGUACGAUGCCAUCAUACAUGUGGGUGACUUUGCCUAUGACAUGAACACAGAGAAUGCACGCGUGGGAGAUGAGUUUAUGCGACAGAUCGAGACGGUAGCCGCCUAUCUGCCCUACAUGGUGGUGCCGGGCAACCACGAGGAGAAGUUCAACUUUUCAAACUAUCGCGCUCGGUUUAGCAUGCCAGGUGGCACAGAGAACAUGUUCUACAGCUUCGACCUGGGACCUGUACACUUUGUGGGCAUCAGCACAGAGGUCUACUACUUCCUCAACUAUGGCGUCAAGUCGCUGGUAUUUCAGUUCGAGUGGCUGCGCCAGGAUCUGGCCAAGGCAAAUUUACCCGAGAAUCGGGCGGAACGUCCGUGGAUUAUAAUCUAUGGCCACCGUCCCAUGUACUGCAGCAAUGAGAAUGACAACGACUGCACCCAUUCGGAGACACUAACCCGCGUGGGCUGGCCCUUUGUCCACAUGUUUGGACUGGAGACGUUGCUCUACGAAUUCGGCGUGGAUGUGGCCAUUUGGGCGCACGAGCACUCGUAUGAGCGGCUGUGGCCCAUCUACGACUAUGAGGUGCGCAAUGGAACAUUGAAAGAUUCGCCGUACGAGGAUCCCCGUGCUCCGGUGCACAUUGUCACCGGCUCCGCUGGCUGCAAAGAGGGACGGGAGCCAUUCAAGGGCAAGAUACCCGAGUGGAGUGCCUUCCACAGCCAGGAUUAUGGUUAUACACGGUUCAAGGCGCACAAUCGCACCCAUUUGCACUUUGAACAGGUGUCCGAUGAUCAGGAUGGUGCCGUCAUCGAUGAGUUUUGGCUGGUCAAGUCCAAGCACGGAAGCUACGAAUAGAACUGAGGAACCUGAAACGAAACCAAACCAAACCAAGCUAAAGGAGUCUCCAGGCAGCACACAACAACACACAAGCACCAAUAGAAACUGUGGCAGUAUUAGAAGCGCGCACAUUCGAUUCUAGACCUGAUUUAAUCACAAACUACAUAUUUAGGAUUCUAGGGAUGUCAGUCAAUUGGGAUUGGGUCGAACUUUUAAAGAAUAUUCGUAUAUAUCUAGUAAUGCUACCCCUACGCGUGAUCCAUAAGUACACAUUCCUUAAGCGAAUAUCACAAACAAAGAUCAGCCAGAAUGAAAUCAACUUUAACUUAGCGAAGCAUUUAAGAGAGCAUUUAGUGUAUGGUCUCCAAACCUGCACUUCGCCCAAUUUAAAUAUUAAUUAAUAAGUAUUGGGAAAACCAUGUGUACAUUUAAAAUACUUAAAACACAAACAUACCUUUAUUUUACUUAAGUUUUUAACAUUUGAAAUGUAACUUCAGUGCUUUUUCUUGCCUGAAAUUCCUUAAUGGUUUUAAUUUUUGGAGUUUUUGGGUACUUUUACAUAUAUUUAUAGUCCUGGGAAACCGCCUAUAUGCUGAUUACCUGUUGUCCCAAAUAAACUGCUUAAACACAGCUACAAAAUGUG